AAAAAAAAAAAGUAAAAGAAAGAAACUCAAAUCUUCUUUUUCUAACUUAACAUCUCUAUAGCCAGUAAGUCGUUCGAUUCUCGCAGAUAACGACUCUCAGCGGUCUUAAUUAUCUUUCUUUCUCUCUCUGAUCCUAAUCUUCUCUUCUGGGUUUUGACUGGAGACUUAACUGAAGGGAAGAGACAUGGCUGGUAAUGCUGCAGCCUGCGCCGAGAGGGCAACUAGUGAUAUGCUGAUUGGUCCAGACUGGGCAAUAAACAUUGAAUUAUGUGAUAUUAUUAACAUGGACCCUGGGCAAGCAAAAGAUGCCUUGAAGACACUCAAGAAGCGUCUUGGCAGUAAAAAUCCGAAAAUACAACUUCUGGCUCUUUUUGCUUUAGAAACUCUCAGCAAAAAUUGUGGUGAGAGUGUUUUCCACCAGAUAGUUGAGCGUGAUAUCUUACAUGAAAUGGUUAAAAUAGUAAAGAAGAAGCCAGACUUGAAUGUGAGGGAAAAGAUACUAAUCCUAAUUGACACAUGGCAAGAAGCCUUCGGGGGACCUCAGGGGAGAUAUCCUCAAUACUAUGCAGCAUAUAAUGAACUGAAGGCUGCUGGAGUUGAAUUCCCACCUCGAGAAGAAAGCAGUGUACCAUUCUUUACUCCACCCCAGACCCAGCCAAUAAUUUCUCCUGUUACUGAAUACAAUGAUGCUGCUAUUGAGGCCUCUUUACAGUCUGAUGCUUCAGGCCUCAGCUUGUUAGAGAUUAAAAAUGCUCAGGGGCUAUCAGAUGUCUUGACAGAAAUGCUUGGUGCAUUGGAUCCAAAGAAUCCUGAGGGUGUGAAGGAUGAAGUGAUUGUUGACCUUGUUGAUCAGUGUCGCUCAUACCAAAAACGUGUUAUGCUUCUUGUGAAUAAUACCACAGAUGAAGAACUUUUGUGUCAAGGAUUGGCACUAAAUGAUAGUUUGCAACGUGUACUUCGCCGUCAUGAUGACUUUGUGAAAGGAAUCCCUAAUCCAGGCACAAAAGAGACAGCAUCUUCAGCUGUGCCACUUGUGAAUGUCAACCAUGAGGAUGAUGAAUCUGAAGAUGAGUUUGCCCAACUAGCUCACAGGUCAUCAAGAGAUAGCUCCAAGAUUGAACUUGUGCGGGUGAACCCACUACUUCCUCCUCCACCAUCAUCAAAAAGACCAGUAGGCACGGAUGCUAGUUUUAUUGACUAUCUGAGUGGCGAUACCUACAAGUCUCGAGGAUUCGAUGAAUCAUCAGAACAGUCAUCCUAUGUGGCUCCAGCUCAUUCAAACACAAGUUCUGCCCCUUCACUGAGUCCAACAUUAUCAUCCUCUCCCAAAUCCUCCAGUUUUAUAAACCCUACCUCAUCACCAUCGUUCAAUAGAAAUCCAGUAUAUGAUGAGCCGGCUACCCUAAGCAAAUCUGCAGAUCAGCUGCCUCCUGCACCUUGGGAAGCACAGUCUACUGUCUCUCUUCCACCCCCUCCUUCGAGGUACAAUCAAAGGCAGCAAUUUUUUGACCAAAAUACUCCAAGUGGUACUGCUCAUUCCAGCAGUGGAUCUAGCUCUUCUUCUUAUGACAAUUUAGUGGGACAGACUCAGAACUUGUCUCUGAACUCUUCCACCCCACCAAAGCAAGUAAAACCAGAAGAUGCACUUUUUAAAGAUCUUGUUGAUUUUGCGAAAGCUAAGUCAUCUUCAUCUUCCUCUUCUAAACCCAACAGGUCAUUUUGAGUUGUCCAAGAUUUUGGGUUCUCAAGGUGCCAUAGCUUGUGAACAUAGGGCUUCUGAGUUUUGCGAUGAAAUAUUACAGUAACUUGUGUUAAAUAAUUUGUUGGUAGGAAACUUUUGGAUUUGGUUCGUGCAUUCUGCUUUAUUAGCUGGUUUAUUUUAAGAUGACAUGCUUAUUUGCACAUAAUUUGAAUAUAUUGAUCUUUAUUGGAUUUGCUUUAAA